AUGAUGGAAGUAGUGCAAAUGUUCAACAAGAAGCAAGCAAAAAAUCCUGGAUUUUGCUACUCGUUUGAGCUUGAUGGAGAUAAUAAAGUGAGAAGCUUAUUCUGGACAGAUGUGAGGUCAAGAAUGAUGUAUGACAUUUGUGGUGAUUGCAUCAGUUUUGACACUACAUUCCUAACAAACAGGUACAACCUACUAUUUGCACCCUUUGUGGGGAUAUCCCCGCAUGGCAACACAUACUUGUUUGCUUGUGCAUUCAUCAUCAAUGAGACAAAAGAAACAUUUGCGUGGUUGUUUGAACAAUUCCUGAUGGCUAUGGGAGGGAAGCAUCCUACAUCGAUCAUUACAGACCAGGACAAGGCAAUGCAAGCAGCAAUUGAAAAAGUCUUUCCUAAUGCGACACAUAGGAGCUGCCUCUUCCACAUAAAGAAGAAGGUAGAGGAGAAAGUCGGGCCCUGCUUCCAAGCUAAUGAGGGCCUCUACGAAGAUUUCCAGGACAUUGUGGACAACUCCUUGACCGUUGAAGAAUUUGAAACACAGUGGCAAGAAAUGAUAGAAAAAUAUCAAGUUCACCACAUCAAGUACUUCAACGACAUGUGGGAAAACAGGAAAAAGUUCAUACUAGUGUAUUUCAAGGACAAAUUCUUCCCAUUCAUACAAACUACAACAAGAAGUGAAGGAACGAAUUCCCUUUUCAAAAAAGGGGUUGGAGCUAAAUUUGGUGCUACUAGCUUUUUGAAAGAGUAUGACCGGAUACUUGAUGUUGUGCAUGACAGGGAAGAAGAAUGCGACCAUGUUUGUAGAAACAAGAAAGUUGCACAGAAAGCAUUUUGGUCAAAAUACAACAUAGAAAGGCAAGCACAUGAGCUACACAACAUUGGAAUAUUUAGGAAAUUCCAGUUUAAAAUGGCAGACACAACAAGGAUGCAUGUCUUUGAGCAAGAAAAGGACAAAUACUACAUUGUGACACAAGCUGAAAACGACCCUAUGAAAGAACUCCGGAAAAGGUUAUACCUAGUGCAAGUGGGACUAAAAGAAGAAGAAUACUCUUGCAUCUGUUGCGCGCUCCAAAAAGAUGGUCUGCUGUGCUCACACAUACUUCGAGUGAUGAUCCAUCUCAACAUCGAGAAGAUACCAUAAAAAUACAUCAUUGACAGAUGGAGGAAGAGUGACUACAAGCUUGAUAUUACAAAGACACCAACUGUUACAGUUGAGAACUCCACACUAAGGUACAAUGUGUUAGCAAGGAAAUUGGUGCAUGUGGCAUCAAUAGCUUCAAAGAAGAAGAGGAAGUAUGAGUAUCUCCUAGGAGAAUUAGACAGGAUAGAGAAAAGGUUACAGGAAAUGGAUGACGAAGAAGAAACAAUUGGUGAGGGGCAGAGUGCAACAACAAGAACAGUUACAUUCAUACCAACAGCAGGAGAGGGAGAAAGAACAACAUCAUCAUUCACAAUUCAAGACCCAGAUGUAGCCAAAACAAAAGGGAGACCAAGGAUGCUAACUAUUGGUGAAGCAAUAAAGCAAAACAAGUUCUACAAAUGCUCACACUGUGGAUCUGAGAGACACACACUAAAUAAUUGCACGAACCUUGACAAGGAGUACAACAAGCCUAAAGGGAAACAACCGAAGCAGUCGAACCCGAGGAGUGUCAAGAAAUUGGAGAUAACAAAAGAAGCAACCAGAGGGACAAUGACAAGAAGAAGGGCAACACAACGGCACAACACAACCCUAUAGCAGAACCCUUCGGAAGAAGUGAAGUAAACAAUUGACCAGAACAUGAGGAAUGAGAAAGACAAAAUGACAAGGCAGGAAAGAAAAAGAUGACUAGGAGAAGAAAAAGUGAUAGAAAAAACUACUAGUGAACAAAGAAUCUACUAUGAUGGAUAAUAGUGUUGCUACUUAAUUUCGAAUUCGUUUUUGUACUAUGAUGGAUAGCAGUGUUGCUACCUAAUUUCUAAUUCAUUGUUGUACUAUGAUUGAGAGGAUUGCUACCUAAUUUCAAUCUGUUUUGAGUGAAUUAAA